AUGGUGGGCUUCCGCAGUUGGGCGACUGUAAUCGCCAAUCUGUUGGUGCCCGUGGGCAUACUGACCUUCUCCUCCGGGUUCUUCCCAUAUAAACCGUUGAUUCCUGGACUAGCGACCUUUGAAGAGGGGGAUGAGCAUGCAGCACCGGCAGUGUUUGAGAAGGUCAUUUUCAUGGUGGUUGAUGCAUUGCGGAGUGACUUUGUAUAUUCAAAUGACUCCGGAUUCUCGUUUACACAAAGCUUGAUCCGAUCUGGUGCUGCGUUACCAUUUACGGCCUAUGCGGGCUCUCCAACUGUUACAAUGCCUCGCUUGAAAGCCAUAACCACCGGCUCAGUUCCAUCUUUCUUAGAUGUGAUUCUAAACAUUGCAGAGUCAGACACUUCAUCAACCUUGGCGUUCCAAGACACAUGGUUGGCGCAGUUGAAAGCAAGAGGGGAACGACUGGUGAUGUACGGGGACGACACCUGGCUCAAACUCUUCCCUGGGAUGUUUGAUCGGGCUGAUGGGACCACGAGCUUCUUCGUGUCGGACUUCACCGAAGUAGACCAUAAUGUGACUCGGCAUGUUCCUACCGAGCUCGCUCAGAGUGAUUGGUCUGCUUUGAUCAUGCAUUACUUGGGAUUGGAUCAUAUAGGCCAUAAGGCGGGCCCCAAAAGUUCCUUCAUGAUACCGAAACAGCAGGAGAUGGAUUCCGUGGUGACAGAGAUAUAUACCGCGAUGCAAAACGAGCAACAUCUUCGAUCUACGCUUUUCGUCUUGUGUGGAGACCACGGCAUGAAUGAUGCUGGAAACCACGGCGGGUCCUCAGCCGGAGAGACUUCACCUGCCUUGGUCUUUAUUUCGCCAAAAUUCGAGGCUUUGAGUGGCCGGAGAGAAAGCCCAGUGGAACCAUUUGAUGAUUUGCAAUACUAUCGGACAGUUGAGCAAGCAGACAUCACUCCGACAUUAGCGGGACUUCUUGGGCUCCCCAUUCCUUUGAAUAGCUUAGGUAUAUUCAUCCCUGAGUUCUUGGAGAUGUGGGAACAUGGCUCUCAGAAACUUCAGAUUCUAAAUCAAAAUGCCAAACAGCUGCUGAACACUCUCAAGACAACAUUUCCUGGGACGAAAUUUGGUCCCGAGGGCAUCGAAUCUUGUGCCUCUGGGGCCGAAUCAGGCAUUGAGGCUGCUCAAUGUGCAUGGGCUCGAAUUCAGGAACUCAUUUCUGAUGGUGCUGACCCCGAGGAUUCCUAUUCCACCAUUGGUCCGAUUUUGUUACAGUUCUCAGAGGUUGCCCAGGACAUCAUGAGUCGCACUGCGAGCAAUUACAAUAUCUACAGGCUUUGCCUAGGCCUGUUUGUCACUGGAAUUGCUGUUUUGGCUGUUCUUCCAUUCACCUACGCAGAAUGCAAACGGCACAUAUCUUCCGGAUUGUUUCUGGUAUUCAUGGUCAUCACCUAUGGGCUCAUGAUGUUUGCAAGCAGCUAUGUGGAAGAAGAGCAACAGUUUUGGUAUUGGAUAUGUUCCGGGUGGACUUUUUACUUACAUGUCAGAUCGGAGUCUGCAAGAUCGGACUCACACAAACGGACUCAAUCACUAACGUUCUGGUCCGGAAAUGGCAACAUGAUUGUAUUUGCGAUUACGCAGAGACUCCUUCGACGGUGGAACCAAACAGGACAAAAGUUUGCGGCCGAGCCUGAUAUUGCUCGCACAUUCUUCCCACGCAAUCCUGAUAUCUUCUGGGGCCUUCUCAUACUCGCUUAUGCAGAUGCCGGUAUUCAUCUUCUCCGGAAUCUACCAGUAUCUGGACUGCCACAGCUAGGUGCAUUGCUUCUUGCCGUCUUGGCCUUUACAUUCAAGUUGCACUUUGUGGCAUCGGAGUCCCCCGAACUUCUUGAUGGGACUUUUAUCUCCCAGCUUGUGGAGAAAUGGCCUUACAGCCUCUCAUUGGUCUUACACGCCAGAAUUGUCUUCUAUGGGAUAGGUGUUGUCAUUCUGUUGGCACUCUUGACAGGGAUGACAGCAAGAGCGACCCGAACGUCCCACCACACUAUCCAUGAAGCUUUGCACAUCUUCUUAAUGACACAGUCUCGGGCCACGAAUGUCCCAUUGUUCUUGAUCUUUCGAGUGCAGGCCAGCAUUAUCUCUGCAAUGAACCUCACGGGAAACGAAGUAACGAUCACGACCUUGAUCUUCCAGUACAUGACAUUCUUUGCAUUUGGCGGCUCAAAUGCAAUCUCUUCGGUGGACCUUGCCAGUGCCUACAAUGGCGUCGGCAGCUACAGCGUGAUACUCGUGGGUGUUCUCACCUUUGUGAGUAACUGGGCGGGCCCUAUCUGGUGGGCUUCACAAAGCCAUCGUCUUCGGCCGAAGAGGCCCGAGCAAGAUCAUCUGACAUUGCUGACCUUUCACAUUGCUAUGUCGUUGGCCUCUGUCAUGGCUGCCUGCACUGCGCUACGGACCCAUCUCUUCAUUUGGACCGUCUUCUCCCCCAAGUAUCUCUACAGUAUGGCAUGGGCCACUGCCAAUCAUGUUGGCGUGAAUAUACUUGGUGAACUCUUGUUCUCUGUAUCUCGAUAG